CCUGACCGCAGGGACGCCCGACCGUCACCGCCAUGGACCCGAGCGUUGGGGGUCUGGAGCUGCCGGGGGUCCUGGUCCUGGUGGGGGCCCUGGUCUGCUCCCUGGCCACCACCCUGAUGUCGUCGUGGCUCACGCUGUCCAGCGAGCUUCUCCCCACCGAGAUCUUCACGGUGGGGCUGUGGGAGACCUGCGUGGUGCAGGAACUGGGCAUGCAGGGCUGCCGGCCCUACGACGGCCUGCUGGGCCUGCCGCCCGACAUCCAGCUGGCCCGGAUCCUCAUGUGCACGGCCCUGGUGGGGGCGCUGCUGGGCCUGGUGCUGGCCAUCCCGGGCCUGAACCUGGUCAACUGCCACCGCCGCCCCCGGCCGGAGGACCAGAGCUUCAAGAGGGCCCUGAGGGCGGCGGGGGCCCUGCUGAGCCUGGCGGCCGGGGUCCUGGUCCUGGUGCCUGUGUCCUACAUCGCCCACCUGACGGUGCUGCGGUUCUUUGACGAGACGGUUCCGGAGAUGGUUCCCCGGUGGGAGUUUGGUGACGCCUUGUUCUGCGGCUGGACGGCGGCGGUGCUGCACCUGGUGGCGGGAGCGUUGCUGCUGGUUUCCUGUCGGCGUCUGCAGCAGAACUGCAACCCAACGGUCCAAUUCCCGCUGGCCCAAGGGCACCAGGGACGCCGUACUGCCAGGAGCAGAGCCGAGUACAUCUGAGACCAGGUCCUGCUCCAAGACCCAGUCCUGCUCCAAGAUCCGGUCCUGCUCUAAGACCACUUCCUGUCAAGUACCACCAGAGCAGGAGGUUCAGACCAGAGGUGUAUCAUCCAGGUGCCAUAAAGUUAAAAUCCUGUCCAGCAUUUGUUCCAACUAAAUACUAAACCAGCUCCUCUGCAGGUAAAUGGUAGGUCCUUAGUGAAAACACCUGUUCUAAAUGUACAGGCUGAUCCAGAAACACAGCAGGGUUUUUACUUUAUGGCAUCUGGAUUAAACACCUCUGCAAAAAACAACCAAUUCCCAUGUUGCAAACAGCAGAAAUUGCUGUAGCAUUGUCUACCCAUGCUUCUUCAGAGGGUUGGAACAACUGCUGGACAGGAUUUUUACUUAAUGGCACCUGGAUUAUACACCUCUGGUUUAGGGCAGAAACCAGGAGGUUCAGACCACGAACCAGGAGACCCAGAUCUCUGAACAAAUGAAGAUACCUGGAAGAAGAAGAUGUCUUUUCCACUUUUUAGCUGGGAGGGAAUCUGUCAAAAAUCCUAAAGAUUGUGCACUUGGUGACAAGUUUUUGAUAUUUGUCAUGGUGUUAGGUAUGGAGUGGACAUAAGGUUUUCAAACAAAUUGGUUUGACCCCUAGUGGCCGGUUUGCAGAAAAUUCAAAAUGGCUCCUGCCGAAAAGACCAAAGGUCAUAUCUCAGCUUGUCUUAGUCCUAGAAUGUGGUAUAUUGUCACUUUCUCUACUUUUUUGGUGCUAGGAGUUCAAUUCUGAGAUACAUUUCCUAUUUCAAGGUCAUGUUGAAGGUCAAAUUUAAUAUUCAAGGUCAUUUGCACAAAAAUCUCCAUAUCUCUAGAAAUAAGUCACAUAUAAAGAUUAUAUAGGGCUCUAGACCCCUAUUUUCACCCCCGAGGAAUGCAAUUUUCUGUUUAUUGGACAGGUCACUAUCACUGUGGGUGAGAACAGUGGCCUUCAUUCAGGUUUAAGAUGAACAUAACCUCAGAACUAAGUCACAGUAUAAGAAUAGGAUUUUAUUGAAAUAACACACAUUUUGAAUUUUCUGCAAACCGGCCACUAGGGGGGCCGUCCCGAUUUAUUUGCGGUGGUUUUUGAAAACCUUAUGUCAAUAACUAACACCAUGCCAAAUAUCAAAAACUUGUCACAAGUGCACGAUUUUCAUGAAUUCCCUCCCAGCUAUUUGGCUUUUUGUGAACUUUGGUAGAACGUGGUCUGAGAGCUGCAGCGGACUUGACACCAGACAAUAUGGUUUCAAGUCCACUGCAGGUCUGCAAGGGGUUUUGGACCUUGUCAGAGUCCCUGAACCCCUGAAGAAGCUUUAAACCCAGUCAGCUGUGGUUCAGAUGCACGUUCGGACCUUUCCUCCGAGUCCCAUCUCCUCAUCGAGGAACUGUGUUGUUGUCUUGCUGUGUGAUUCAAUCUCGUUGAAGCCAAAGACUAAACCUGCUGCUCCUGCUUCUCUCUCUCAUUAAAAUGGGAUUUAAAGUCGUUUUUACUGUUUUCCUAAAACUCUGUUCCUCCAGCUGAAAGGUAGGACUGAUACCAUGUAUUGAUCAGAACAUUAAAUACUCAUUUAUGUGUCUAUUCAGAAGAAGAGAUGUGAAUGCUUGCGAUUGUUGUGAAGAGGUUUUUUUUUUUUCUCCAGAUCAUCAUGUGUUGAAUCAAAGUUAUUGAUUACAGAUUGUAAAGCCUGGCUGCCAAACACCAAAAUAAAAAGUGAAAUGUUCAGA